AGCUCUUAAAAGACCAGGGCUGGGCAGCUCAGGUGACAGGGCAGGCAUAAAUAGCCAGUGCUUGCCAAGGAAAGGCUAAUUUGCCUGGAGAUCCUGGAGUACGAGAGGCAGCAUCUGCCAUGCUUCUCCUCCCUCUCUCCGUGCUGAUGCUGCUCACACAGCCCCUGAGGUCACUGGGAACAGAAAUGAAGACCUAUUUCCAGAGAACAGCAGCCAGCGCCUGCACCUUGGUCAUGUGUAGCCCCAUGGAGAACGGCCUGCCUGGUCGCGAUGGACGGGAUGGGAGAGAGGGCCCCCGGGGCGAGAAGGGGGAUCCAGGUUCGCCAGGAGCUGUAGGGAGAGCGGGGACGCCUGGACCGGCUGGCCCGGUUGGGCCCAAAGGGGAGAAUGGUUCUGCUGGAGAGCCCGGACCAAAGGGAGACUCUGGACCAUCUGGACCUCCGGGACCUCGAGGUACGCCUGGUCCAGCUGGCAGAGAGGGUGCCUCAGGGAGGCAGGGAAAUGUAGGACCUCAAGGCACCCCAGGACCCAAAGGAGAGGCUGGGCCCAAAGGAGACGUGGGUGUGCCUGGCAUGCAGGGCUCUGCAGGGCCGAGAGGCCCCCCAGGGGUUAAAGGAGAGAGAGGUGCCCCUGGUGAGCGUGGAGCCGCUGGAAAUGCUGGGGCAGUGGGGCCUGCUGGAGCCACAGGUCCGCCAGGACCUCCAGGUGCCAAAGGGCCCGCAGGACCGAAGGGGGACAGAGGUGCUCCUGGGGACAAAGGAGCAAAGGGAGAGAGCGGGCUUCCUGACAUCACUGCUCUGAGGCAGCAGGUGGAGGCCUUACGUGGACAGGUCCGACACCUCCAGAAUGCCUUCUCUCAGUAUAGGAAAGUGGAGCUCUUCCCCAAUGGCCGAGGUGUCGGGGAGAAGAUCUUCAAGACAGGAGGUAUUGAAAAGAGUUUUGAGGACGCACAGCAGGUGUGUAUACAGGCCGGGGGACAGAUGGCCUCCCCACGCUCUGCGGCCGAGAACGACGCCCUGCAGCAGCUGGUCACAGUUGAGAACAAGGCUGCUUUCCUGAGUAUAACCGACAUCAAGACGGAAGGCAAGUUCAUCUACCCCACCGGGGAGCCCCUGGUCUAUUCCAACUGGGCCCCAGGGGAGCCCAACAACAAUGGCGGCGCAGAGAACUGUGUGGAGAUCUUUACCAAUGGCAAGUGGAACGACAAGGCCUGUGGAGAGCAGCGCCUGGUGGUCUGCGAGUUCUGAGCCACCGGGGUGGGGGGCCGUGCUCCACUCGGGAGCCUGGCCAACGAGUGGGGGCCUGGCCAACGAAUGGGGGCCCAGACCUGUGUGCUGCCGAUGCCCCAAUAAAAUGGCGCCGCCUCUGCUGGCCAGGGCUUCUCCACA